AACUGCAGUGGGGCUCGUUUGAUGUUAUACUCGUUCCGGGGCGCCGCUGUCAGGCACUGUGCCUACGGUUUCAGUCGGUGAAACACACACUGAGUGAUGCGCGACCAGCCAGCACCAUCCCUCACGAAUCUGAAAAGGAGGUGACUUGAUCAGCUUAUGAAAUUGUCCAGGUCAUCGCCUGGAGCAAACAGGAGAGCUGCUCUGCCUACCUACGGAUAUCAGAUCACACCAAUAACAAUGCAUGGCUUGUAAGCCGCCAAUCAUGGCUCAUAGGAAGAGGCCAGGGACUAGCGGAGGAAACAGCAUGGCUGCUCCAGGCCCUGUCUCCUGCCCCCCCCCUCAUCCUACGGAGCCAUGUGAUCUGAAAGCCCCUCCCCCUCGGCAACGCCCUGUCCGCUAUCCCAAAGAGUCACAUGAUCCGAAACCCCUCCCACGUUCCUGCAAGGCACAAUAUUCUUCUCCCAAGUCUCAAGAUGUGGGUCGCAAUCAUCCGGAAGUGAACGUAGACACAGAGGCUGAAGUGAAGCGAUACAGCAACCAAGCAGAUGUAGAACUGGAGGAUCAGCGGCCAGCAACACCCUCCACACCAGAACAAGAUGACCAUGACCAGGCGGACUUCCACGGUGGAGCUGACAGCCUAGAUGAUGACUCCAGCUCUGACUAUAUCAACAACACCUCAGAUGACGAGGAAGACUACGAUGACGGACUGGCAGAGGAGGAUGAGGGUGUGACUUACUACAUCCGCUACUGCCCAGAGGACGACAGCUACCUGGAAGGUAUGGAUUGCAGCAGCCAGGGAGACUGCAACCACAGCCACAGCCAUAGCCAUAGCCAGGGAGACUGCACUGGCACCAUGCACCCAGUCGGACCCCACACUGAUGAAUGCCAGGAGGCUGUGGAAGGAUGGGUCGAGGAGGGAGAGGGUGAGGGGGAGGUGAGAGAGGAAGAAUGGGUGGAAGAUGAGGAGGGAGAGGAAGCAGUGAGGGAAGAGUGGAGAGAAGAGGAAGAAGAGGUGAGAGAGGAGUGGAGAGAGGGAGAUGAGGAGGCGAGGGUGGAGUGGAAAGAGGAGGACCACGUCAGGCAGGAGCAGUGGGUGGGACGAGAGAGGCACAGGGUGGAGGAGUGGGGUGAAGGAGAGGGGGAGGUUCGCUGUGAGGUAGUGGAGCAAGAUCCAGACGAGCAGAUAUACAAUGGAAGACCAGAACCCAUCCUGGACCAUCACCAUCAUCACCACCACCAACCCUCCCUGCAAGACACCCUGCACACCCGAGAGGAAGAGGAGGAGGCAGAGAGCGAAGAGUACUGCCCUAAUGAGGAUGAAGAUGAGGAAGGUGAAGAGGAGGAGAGACAUGGAAGAGCCUACACUGGAGACUACUAUGCUCCCGAGGACAAUGGUAACUCAGUGCGAGUCUCUCCAUACCGUAGCCGUAAAGUGCUGGUGGUAGAGGGGGAGACGGGGGAGGAAGCAGAGGAGGACAUUGACCAAAUUGUUGCUGAGAUCAAGAUGAGUAUGAGCAUGGGUAGUCUAAGCAGUGGUACUGACCAAAGUCCAGAGGAGCUGGUGCAGGACCCCACACCAAGUGACUACCCUCACGCUAAGCCUGACGCAGCCCCCUACCCACCGGCUCACCACCGCCACGACAGCAGGCCCAAGUCCCUGAAUCUCCCCUCCAUGCACCACAAUAACCCCGACCUCCAGAGGGGCCUCAAGGCACAUCCACGCUCCCCUGAAGACAGGCAGAGAUGGUCACAGGAGCAGGUGAGCAAUGGUGCAGAGCAACCCAGAAAACAGCAGCGCUCCGACCUCAACGUUCCCCUGGAGAACAACAAUGUACCAGAGCCAACAAAGAAGGUUGCGUCGUUCCCCAGCUUUGUCGAUGUCCCAGGACCCUGCGAGCCAGAAGACCUGAUUGAUGGAAUUAUCUUUGCUGCUAACUACCUGGGUUCCACUCAGCUGCUGUCUGAGAGGAACCCCUCCAAGAACAUACGCAUGAUGCAGGCCCAGGAGGCUGUCAGCAGGGUCAAGAGUGCAGACGGAGAUGCUCAAACCCUCACUGAGGUUGAUCUGUUCAUCUCCACCCAGAGGAUCAAAGUCCUCAACGCAGACUCACAGGAAACGAUGAUGGACAACGCACUUCGUACUAUAUCCUACAUCGCUGACAUUGGGAACAUUGUGGUCCUGAUGGCGAGACGCCGGAUGCCACGCACAGCCUCCCAGGACUGUAUUGAAACGACGCCAGGGGCACCCGAGGCAAAGAAGCAGUACAAGAUGAUAUGCCAUGUCUUUGAGUCUGAGGAUGCCCAGCUUAUCGCUCAGUCCAUCGGCCAGGCGUUCAGCGUGGCUUACCAGGAGUUUCUGAGGGCCAAUGGCAUUAACCCCGAGGACCUGAGCCAGAAGGAGUACAGCGACAUCAUCAACACCCAGGAGAUGUACAAUGACGACCUCAUUCACUUCUCCAACUCUGAAAACUGCAAAGAGCUGCAGCUGGAGAAGAGUAAAGGGGAGAUCCUGGGUGUGGUGAUCGUCGAGUCCGGAUGGGGCUCCAUUCUGCCCACAGUUAUCUUAGCCAACAUGAUGAACGGCGGGCCAGCGGCUCGCUCUGGCAAACUCAGCAUUGGAGACCAGAUCAUGUCCAUCAACAACACCAGCCUCGUGGGGCUGCCACUCGCCACCUGUCAGGGAAUCAUUAAGGGCUUAAAGAACCAGGUCCAGGUGAAGAUGAACAUUGUCAGCUGCCCUCCUGUUACCACCGUCCUCAUUAAGAGACCAGACCUUAAAUAUCAGCUGGGUUUCAGUGUCCAGAACGGCAUAAUAUGCAGUCUGAUGCGAGGAGGCAUUGCUGAGCGAGGCGGGGUCCGCGUGGGUCACAGGAUCAUUGAAAUCAAUGGGCAGAGUGUGGUGGCCACAGCACAUGAGAAGAUUGUCCAGGCCCUCUCAAACUCUGUUGGCGAGAUUCACAUGAAGACCAUGCCGGCAGCCAUGUUCAGACUUCUAACGGGACAGGAGACACCUAUGUACAUAUGAACGAUGGCCAGGCUGUCAGCUGUAACUGGUCAUGUGACAGGGCAAACCAAGCUGACCAGUGACCGGGGGGGAGGGGGAGCACGGCUUCUCACUGUCGAUUCACUUCUCUCUCUUUUUUUUUUUCUCUUUGAGCUGAUGACUUCAGUUCUUCAUCAUCUCUCCCUUGUCUGUGCUUAACAUGCAACAGCCAUUUUAUUGACAUGAGAUGCUUUUUCCGUCCAUCCAGCUGCAGAGACAGCGUGUGUGUAUGAGUGCGUACGUGUGUGUGUGUGUGGAUACUGUUUGUUAUUUAUUUGUCCUUGUCUGUGCUUUUCUGUGUGUGACUGUGUGGAUGGACUUAUCAAGUGACUGCAUCACAAUUGAUCUUUUUUUAUUCAUGUAAUGCAAUAUGAUACUUCGACUAUACUUCUUGUAUAGUUUCAUUUUCUUCUCUGUUUAUUUAUUUGUCAUGUAAAUACAUAUUUUGCUAAUAUUGUGACUGAAGGCAGCGGGGAGGGAAGGGCCACAGCUGCAGUGUAAAUAUUUAUUGAAUCUUGCUGUUGAAUUGAGAGCAGAACAAAACUAAAUGGCGGAUGUCAUAGUAGUUGCCAGUGAAAAGGGGAAUUACUUUAGUGUUUGAAAUGUUGGUAAGUCGACAUAAUGUACAUGUGAAUCAAACCAAUGCUUACAGCAAGGGUUUAUGGGAGAAACGCCAUAUCCUUUUGAUUUACUUCAUUUUAUGGCAAUACAGGAGUUCAACCUCUGAAUGGCAAAAGUCUUUUCUAAGUCUCAUGUACAAACACUCACACACAUUUAAAUAACAUGCAACCGAAUAAAACUAUUAACAUGCAUUAAUUAUGCUUUUGAUAUCAAAGUCACAUGUAUGAAAAAUGAAGUUUCUUUUGCGUGUUACUCUACUCUGUGUUCAUCUUUAGUGUUCCUGACUGAAACUCAUGAAUACUAUGAGUGGAUUGUGAAUGUAACUGUGUCGUGUGAGCCGUCCCAUUGCCAUAAGCAGUAUUAGAAUGUCUGUACAUAAAGAGAAACUUGUCUAGUAUUGUGCUCAUGUUAAAAACAAAACACAACAAAACACACAGGUUUAGUCACUGCAAACAUCUUCCCACCUGUAUGUUGGCUUUCGGUCUGGAGAGGGAGAGAGAGAACUGUGAAUCACACACUGUGACAGAAAAAAAAAGCCUUACCACCGCGUAAUGGUUUUACAAUGCAUUGUAGUAAAUUUUAACCAUAUGAACAUUAUCUGUGUGCAUGCCUCGUAAAGUAGUAUCAUGUCACUGUGGCAAGAUAA